AUGGCAAGCAGUUUGACUGCAAGACCUUCAAGGAUUUCACAAGGAACAUGGACAUCUGGCACAAGUUCUCCUCGGUGGCCCACCCUCAAACCAAUGGCUAGACGGAGAACUACCCCUCGGACGCUAACAAAGGAAACGCCAUUCACACUAGCAUUCGGCACCGAGGCAGUAGUCCCCAUCGAGUUGCAAAUCCCUUCUCACUGUGUCCAGUUCAACAAUGAAGAUACCAACGGUGAAAAGCUGAGAAGUAAUUUGGAUGUCCUGGAGGAGAUCAGUAAAGAAGCUCAAAUGCGCACUACCGCUUAUCAACAAAAAGCAGCCCGCUACUACAAUCAGAGGGUUAGCGAAAGAAGCCUGAAGGUUGGAGAUCUAGCCCUGAGGAAACUAGAAGCUACGAGAAAAAGAGCAGCAGUAGGAAAGUUGACACCAACCUAG